CGACACUCAGUUGCAACAGCCAUGCGCAAUAGGCAACGUUGUUGUGGUCGCCUGUCGACGUUGUGGUAAAAUACAGAAUACUUUCUAACACGCGUGAGCUGUGAGUCGGAACUUUUAAAGUUUGAGUUUACAAAGAGGCGGAAGGGAGAAGUGGGCGGUAGCGAAUCAGAGCAGCGUGCCGAGCUGCUUCUCUUUCUCCUUUCUGACUGGGGUGAGUGAGACAGGACGGGGUGACUGCCAUGUAGUUGGAGGCAGAAGAAUGAGCAGUCAGCACACUCCAACAGAUGGGACUGACGACUAUACAGUGCAGCAGGAAAAUGAACUAGAAGCCCUUGCGUCUAUCUUCGGAGAUGACUUCCAGGAUCUGCGGAGCAUGGACCCGUGGAAGGUUAAAAGGCCUCCAGAGGUGUACCUUUGCCUGCGGCCCAAUGGGCUGAACAUUGGACAGGAAAGCUACGUGACUGUGGACCUGCAGGUGAAAUGUCCUCCCACGUACCCAGACGUGCCUCCGGAGCUGGAGCUGAAGAAUGCCAAAGGUCUCUCAAAUGAAAACCUCCAGAACCUCCAGAGUGAGCUCACCAAGCUGGCAGCAGUGCGAUGUGGUGAGGUGAUGAUUUAUGAGCUCGCAGACCACAUCCAAGGGUUCCUGAGCAAGCACAACAAGCCUCCGUCAUGCUCCUUCCACGAGGAGAUGCUAAAGAACCAGCAGAGGCAGCAGGAGAAACGAGCCCUGGAGGAGCAGCAGAGGAUGGACCAGCAACGCAAAAAGGAUGAGGAGAUGGAAAAAGAGAUAAUGGCUGAAAUCCAAAGGAGAGAGGAGGAGAAGCGAGAGGAAAAGAGAAGAAAGGAAAUGGCCAAACAGGAGCGACUUGAGAGUAUGGAUCAGUCUGUCUCUGUGUCUGGAAAGAGCCCACCGAGCCCAAGUGAAAAUCCUGAAUUGACUGAAGCCAAAAAGAAUGCUGGUAACCGCCGUCGCACUACCUCCAACACGCGACACAGGCGGGACACUGUGAAUGAAGACAACCAUCGCCCACAGGAGCUGCUCCACUUUAACAGCAGCACUUUUGGAGAGCUUGUUGUCCACAGAGGGAAAAGUUUAGGUAAAAGUGAGCGGCUCAGCCAUAGCGUUUAUUCUGGAUUUGAAGCAAACUCGGGAGAAUUCUGUGUGAUUUAUGAGUGGUCGUUGCACUGGAACAAGAAGAUGGGCAAGUUCUUCACCAGCCAGGAGAAAGAAAAGAUUGAGAACUGUAAAAAGCAGAUCCAUGCAGCAGAGAAUGAGUUUAACUCCCUCCUGCGGUUGGAUCAUCCAAACUUGGUGCGUUACAUGGCAAUGAGCUCCACUGAGAAGGAGGACUGCCUCAUGGUCAACCUGCUGGUGCAGCACGUGGCUGGGAUCAACUUGAACCAAAGCCUGAUCUCCCAAACCCCGGUCCCUCUGGAAAAACUCUGCCAUUACACGGCCCAGCUUCUGGCUGCCCUCGACUACCUUCACUCCAACUCUGUGGUCCACAAACAGCUCGGGGCCUCCAGUGUGCUGGUGGACUCUGAGGGCAACGUUCGACUGACUGAUUACAGUUUAUCAAAACGGUUCGCAGAGAUCUGCAAGGAAGACAUUUUUGAGCAAGUCCAUGUGCGUUUCUCAGAGGAUACAGUGAUGCCUACAAAGACGGGCAAGAAGGGGGACGUGUGGAACCUGGGGCUGAUGCUGCUGGCGCUCAGUCAGGGGAGAGAAGUGAAAGAGUAUCCAGUGACUGUGCCGGCCAGCCUGCCUGCAGACUUCCAGGAUUUCCUCCACAAGUGUGUAUGCCUGAAUGAUGCUGAACGCUGGACGACUCAGCAGCUUUUGGACCACCCUUUUCUCAAACCACCUUCACCCAAAAACCUGCCACAGGAUGAGACCAGCCCAGAAGAUUUAGCUGUAGACUUUCCAUCAUCAGUCAUCCCCCGCAGCCACAUCCUCAAUGCUCCCUUCAGUUCCGGGUUGCAGAGACAGUUUUCUCGCUACUUCAAUGAGUUUGAGGAGCUACAGCUUCUGGGAAAAGGAGCCUUUGGUUCUGUAAUAAAGGUUCAAAACAAACUAGACGGUUGUUACUAUGCUGUGAAGCGUAUCCAGGUCAAUCCAGCCAGUAAGCAGUUCAGGCGGAUCAAAGGUGAAGUGACGCUGCUCUCACGCCUGAACCAUGAGAACAUUGUCCGCUAUUACAAUGCGUGGAUCGAGCGGCAUGAGCUUCCGUCUACAGCAGUGUUGAGCAACACGGACAGCUCAGAGCCUCAGAGCACACCUGACAAACAUCCACAGGGCAGAGAUUCCCCACAGCGCCUCAACGAGCUCGGUCUCCUUGACAACGUGGAGGACAUUGCUCCGCCUCCAGCUUUGUCGAGCUCUGUAGAGUGGUCAACCUCCAUCGAGAGAUCCUCCAGUGCCAAGUGCAGUGGACACCAAUCAAGUGAUGAAGACGAUGAUGAUGAGGAUGAAGAUGUAUUUGGUGCCUCUUUUCUGCCAUCAGAUAGCGACUCCAGAAGUGACAUCAUCUUCGACAAUGGCGAUGACAGUACAGACGAGAUUUCACAGGUUGAGCCAAGGAAAAGACCACUGACGGAUACAACAGAGAGCUCAGACUCUGAUCGAUGUCUCGCAAUCGCACAUUACCUGUACAUACAAAUGGAAUACUGUGAAAAGAGCACUUUAAGGGACACAAUAGAUCAAAGCCUGUACCAGGACCAGAAUCGGUUAUGGAGACUGUUCAGAGAGAUACUGGAUGGCCUUGCUUACAUCCAUGAACAGGGAAUGAUUCACAGGGACCUGAAACCUGUCAACAUCUUCCUUGACUCACAGGACCAUGUAAAAAUUGGAGACUUUGGCCUAGCUACUGACCAUCCUGCUAAUGUGGCUGCAGGUGAGCAGGAAGAGUGCAGCUCAGGACUGAUGCCCAAACCUGACCCUGCAGGUAACAUGACAGGGAUGGUUGGCACAGCCCUUUAUGUCAGUCCGGAGGUUCAAGGAAACACCAAAGCUACUUACAACCAAAAAGUUGACUUGUUUAGCCUAGGAAUCAUCCUCUUUGAGAUGUCCUACCGACCAAUGACCACUGGUGCCGAGCGCAUCUCUGUCCUGAGCCAGCUACGAGUGGAGCCCAUGUCCUUUCCAGUGGACUUCCCUGUAUGUGAGCAAGGAACACAGAGGAAGGUGAUAGAGUGGCUGCUGAAACAUGACCCGGCCCUAAGACCCACUGCCCAGGAGCUGCUUAAGAGUGAACUGCUGCCACCUCCUCAGAUGGAGGAGUCUGAGCUGCAUGAGGUGCUGCAGCACACCAUGGCUAAUAUCAAUGGCAAGGCCUACCGCACAAUGGUGGGGCAGCUGUUUGCCCAGAACACCUCACCAGUCAUGGAUUAUACCUAUGACAUAGACCUGCACAAGGGCAGCUUCAGCUUCAGCAGCACCAAAUUGCAGCAGUAUGUGUAUGAAACCAUCACCAGGAUCUUUAAGAAGCACGGUGCGGUUCGUCUCCAGACCCCGCUGUUCCUCCCCAGAAACAGAAAGUUGUAUGAUGGCAAUGAGCUGGCCUGCUUCAUGGACCACAGCGGAAUGCUCGUUACACUGCCCUAUGACCUUCGCGUGGCGUUCGCAAGAUUUGUUGCCCGCAAUAAUGUAACACAUCUGAAGAGGUACGUCAUUGAGCGUGUGUUCCGCCCCAGGAAGCUGGAUCGCGCACACCCGAGGGAGCUCCUGGAAUGCGCCUUUGACAUCAUCACACCCGUCACCAACAGUCUUCUCCCUGAUGCAGAGACUAUUUACACCAUCUCUGAAAUAGUUCAGGAGUUCCCAGCGCUACAGGAAAGGAACUAUAAUAUCUACCUGAACCACACCAGCUUGUUGAAGGCCAUCCUGCUCCACAGCGGUGUCCCAGAGGACAAACUGAAUCAGGCCUCCAACAUACUUUGUGAUGCCAUGAGUGAAAAGCUGACCAAACGUGAGGUGGAAGCAAAGUUCUGCAACUUUUCCCUCUCAACCAACAGUCUGCAGACAUUGUACAAGUAUAUAGAACAGAAGGGGAAUCUGCAGGAACUGGCACCACUUCUGACAUCGCUCACCAAACAGAAGACGGCUGUCACCCAGCUAGCCAAGCAGGCUCUCAAGGACCUGGAGGAGCUCACUCUGCUCCUGCGCAGACUAGGCGUUAAAAUGAGGGUGGUGGUCAACUUGGGUUUGGUGUAUAAGGUGCAGCACCACUCUGGAGUCAUCUUCCAGUUUGUGGCUUUCAUUAAGAAACGCAAGCGAACUGUUCCAGAUAUAGUGGCUGCUGGAGGACGCUACGACCACUUGAUCCUAGAAUUUCGAGGGCCAGCCUCCACAGUGCCAGUCCCCAGUGCAGUGGGAGCCAGUGUUGCUUUGGACAAAGUCUGUGCUGCCAUUGCCAACAUGGAGGAACCACCAACAGUGAGCUCCUGUGAUGCUCUGGUGGUCCCUGUAGGACAUUCUUCAAUGUCCAGAGCCAUUAACGUUGUCCAGAAGCUGUGGAGCACCGGCGUCUCUGCAGACAUCGCCUAUGAUGUCUCACAGUCUCAGGAGACGCUGUUGGAGCACUGUAGGCUGGCAGGCAUCACGUGCAUGGCACUUGUGUCUGACAAAGAAGGACAGUAUGUGAAGGUGAAAUCCUUUGAGAAGGACCGACAGUCAGAGAAACGAAUUCCAGAGUCGGACUUGGUGGACCACAUCAUUCAGAAAUGUCGGACCAAAUUCUUUGACGAGAGAAACAUCAGAGAAAUCUCUGAAAGCAUGACCCUUCUUCAGAACCCGAAAGGGUCGUUGCUCAACAGCACAGGCUCUUCAGAGCAGCAUGGGAGCAGCAGCACAACAAACAUGAACGUGAACGUCAUUAGCCCAGAGAAAGUUUCUGCUAGCACUAGACGACGCUAUGAAACUCAGAUCCAAACACGAUUACAGAAUCUCAGUAGCAACUUGCAGAACAAGAGCAAUGACAUUGAGGUGCUGGCUGUGGACUUGCAGAAGGAAACACUGAUCAACUUCCUCUCUCUAGAGUUUGAAAGUGAAGAACAGUUCAACAGCAGCGUUAAGACGCUGCUGUCUCGUCUCCCCAAGCAACGCUACCUGAAGUCCAUCUGUGAUGAGAUUCACGACUUAAAGAUAACAAAAAGGGUGGCGGUGGUGGUGUUGUACAGCUAUAAGGAUGACUACUACAAGAUCCUUAUGUGAGAACCAAGGGAUUCCACUUCGACUAAGAUUCAGUCAACGCUAUGAUUUUUUUUUUUUUUUUUUUCCUUCCGUUGGACCUGCAAAAUCUAUCAGAAGAUUUGACAGAUUCAUACCUUUUCCGUUAGGAAAUUUUGAACCACAAAGAAACAAAUGACUUUGUUUUACCGUGUUAAAUGGUGAUUAUAAUUAGACCCAAACCUUUUGGUCUUUUCUGGUUUAGACAAGAGAUUCACUGGACUUCAUUGCCUUAAUAGAAGUAAAAAAAAUUGAUCAAGAAAGGGCUUUUUACUUAAGAUUAUGUGUCAUGUGUACAUUUCUUAUAAAUGCUAAAUGUGAAUGAAAGAAUAAAUAACUUUUUUCCC